AUGAAUACAAUCGAGGAUAAAGAGGAGUUCAAAGCUAUGUUGAGGUUAAGAAAAAUUGACAUUCAGUCUGUGAACUUAAUGUCAAGCUCAAGAAAAACUCUGGGCAGCGCAUGUUUAGCGAUUAAGUGGAUGCAGACAAUAAAGACGUUGCCAAAUUGUUUCAAUGUAAUUAGGCUACUGAGCGGAUCAGCUGUAGCACUGGUUAUAGCCCCCACUGUCUUACUGACAAUGCUUUCUUCUGCCGAACGAGGAUGCCCUAAGGGCUGUAGGUGUGAAGGCAAAAUGGUAUAUUGUGAAUCUCAGAAAUUACAGGAGAUACCCUCAAGUAUAUCUGCUGGUUGCUUAGGUUUGUCCCUUCGCUAUAACAGCCUUCAAAAACUUAAGUAUAAUCAAUUUAAAGGGCUCAACCAGCUCACCUGGCUGUACCUUGACCAUAACCAUAUCAGCAAUAUUGAUGAGAAUGCUUUUAAUGGAAUACGCAGACUCAAAGAGUUGAUUCUGAGUUCCAACAGAAUCUCCUAUUUUCUCAACAACACCUUCAGACCUGUGACAAAUUUACGGAACUUGGAUCUAUCCUAUAAUCAGCUGCAUUCUCUGGGAUCUGAACAGUUUCGGGGUUUGCGAAAGCUGCUGAGUUUACAUUUACGAUCUAAUUCCCUGAGAACCAUCCCAGUGAGAAUAUUCCAAGACUGCCGCAACCUGGAACUUUUGGACCUGGGAUAUAACCGGAUCCGAAGUUUAGCCAGGAAUGUCUUUGCAGGCAUGAUCAGACUCAAAGAACUUCACCUGGAGCACAAUCAAUUUUCUAAGCUCAAUCUGGCCCUUUUUCCAAGGUUGGUGAGCCUUCAGAACCUUUACUUGCAGUGGAAUAAAAUCAGUGUCAUAGGACAGACCAUGUCCUGGACCUGGAGCUCAUUACAAAGGCUUGAUUUAUCAGGCAAUGAGAUCGAAGCUUUUAGUGGACCUAGUGUUUUCCAGUGUGUCCCAAAUCUGCAGCGCCUCAACCUGGAUUCCAACAAGCUCACAUUUAUUGGUCAAGAGAUUUUGGAUUCUUGGAUAUCCCUCAAUGACAUCAGUCUUGCCGGGAAUAUAUGGGAAUGCAGCAGAAAUAUUUGUUCCCUGGUAAACUGGCUGAAAAGUUUUAAAGGACUGAGGGAGAAUACAAUUAUCUGUGCCAGUCCCAAAGAGCUGCAAGGAGUAAAUGUUAUCGAUGCAGUGAAGAACUACAGCAUCUGUGGCAAAAGUACCACGGAGAGGUUUGAUCUGGCCAGGGCUCUCCCAAAGCCGACGUUUAAGCCCAAGCUCCCCAGGCCGAAGCAUGAGAGCAAACCCCCUUUGCCCCCCACAGUGGGAGCCACGGAGCCUGGCCCAGAGACCGAUACUGACACUGAGCACAUCUCUUUCCAUAAAAUCAUCGCAGGGAGCGUGGCCCUUUUCCUGUCUGUGCUUGUCAUCCUUCUCGUCAUCUAUGUGUCGUGGAAGCGGUACCCUGCCAGCAUGAAGCAGCUGCAGCAGCGCUCCCUCAUGCGAAGGCACAGGAAAAAGAAAAGACAGUCCCUAAAGCAAAUGACUCCCAGCACCCAGGAAUUUUAUGUAGAUUAUAAACCCACCAACACGGAGACCAGCGAGAUGCUGCUGAAUGGGACGGGACCCUGCACCUAUAACAAAUCGGGCUCCAGGGAGUGUGAGAUACCUUUAUCAAUGAAUGUGUCAACUUUUCUGGCCUACGACCAGCCCACAAUAAGUUACUGUGGGGUGCAUCAUGAACUUCUCUCUCAUAAAUCCUUUGAAACGAAUGCACAGGAAGAUACGAUGGAAACACACCUAGAGACUGAGCUGGACCUGAGCACAAUCACAACAGCUGGCCGAAUCAGUGACCAUAAACAGCAGCUGGCUUAA